AUGGAGGACCUGUUCCGGAAGGUGUAUCGUGGCGACCCCGGGGUGCCCCACUCUGAUCCGGACCGCUACCUCCAUUCAUGUUUGGGCUCCUUCGCCUUCGCCGCCGUCUCCUGGUGCACCUCUUGCACCGCCGACCUCUCCCGGCGCUUCAACUGGCAUGACAAGGCCUUGAAAUUUGAGCAUAAUCAUUGGAAGAAAGUCAUGGAGAGGAAGCAUCGGAAUGGUGAUUUACCUGCUGCGAGUAUGAGCAAGCCAUGACAGACCUGGCUAAUUAGGUCUCAACUGCUGCUGAUAUCCUGUUCAUAGUUUCAUUCUGCUCCAAUUACUCAUCUGUGCGUACAUGUUGUUGGCUUAUAGGAACAGUAUUUUGAACGAUGUCGCUGUGCCGAUAAAGUUGGUCCAUACUCAUCUGUGGAUUAUGUAUGGUUUUGCUAUCACUUCUGUUAAAUUUUGCAGUGGUUAUGGAGUGGCUUCA